AUGCAUGCAGCUGUUAUUUGGACAAUUAAUGACAUUCCUACAUAUGGAAACUUGUCUGGAUGGAGCAUGAAAGGUUAUUUGGCUUGUCCCACAUGUAACAAGAAUGCAUCCUCACAACGAUUGAGAGGUAAGAUAGGGUACACAGGCGCUUGUCGUUACUUGCCUGAUGACCACCCUUGGCGUAGGAGUCGACUUUAUAACGGUAAGAUUGAGUUUGUGUCAAGACCUUUGGAGUUAUUAGGGGAACAAAUCUUAGAACAAUUGGACUCAGGGACAUACAGACCAUUUGGAAAGCAUCCAACCAAUAAGAAAAGAAAAAGGGGAAAUUCGAUAUUGAAUUGGACUAAAAAAAGCAUAUUCUUUGAGUUGCCAUAUUGGAAAACAAUUAAACUCCAACACAAUCUCGAUGUUAUGCACAUAGAGAAGAAUAUAUGUGAUAGUUUGCUUGGAACAUUAUUGAGUAUAGAUGGAAAGAACAAAGACACAGAAAAAGCGCGCAUGGAUUUGGAAGAUAUGAAAAUAAGGAAGGGGUUACACCUAAAGAGGCGUGCCGAUGGAUCAUUUGAAAAGCCCCCAGCAUUGUACACUUUGUCCUCAAAUGAAAGACAUGGUUUCUGUGAGUUUUUGAAGUCAAUUAAGUAUCCUGAUGGUUAUGCGGCAAACAUCUCAAAGUGUGCAAGCACAAAAGGUGAUAAGUUAACAUGCCUAAAAAGUCAUGAUUGUCAUAUCCUUCUACAGCGACUGCUUCCCAUUGGAAUGCGUGGAUAUCUUCACAAUGAUAUAUGUGUCACAUUAUUUGAGUUGGGAAAUUUCUUUCAACAGCUUUGCUCGAAGACAUUGAAUGUGAAGGAUUUGGAAAAAUUAGAGGAUCGCAUAGUACUCAUAUUAUGCAAGCUGGAGAAAAUUUUCCCACCGGCGUUCUUUGAUGUGAUGGUCCAUUUAGCCAUUCAUUUGCCCCAUGAAGCCAUUCUUGGUGGGCCUGUGCAAUAUCGGUGGAUGUACCCCAUUGAAAGGCUACUUGGAACUCUAAAAGGGUAUGUUGCAAAUCGAGCCCGUCCAGAAGGUUCGAUCGUAGAAGCUUAUAUUGUCAAGGAGUGCCUCACAUUUUGCUCAAUGUAUCUGGGUGGGGUCGAAACUGUAUUUAAUCGAGAGGAACGAAAUGUCGAUGUUCGUGUGCAUGAGUCUGGGUUAGAGGUCUUCACACAAGAUGUUCGUCCUUUUGGGCUAAUGACAAGGGCUUCUGAUGUGUCUCCAAAAGAACGUGAAAUGGCUCAUUGGUUUGUCUUGAAUAAUAGCCUUGAGUUGGACCAUUAUCUAGAGCAACACAAAAACCUUUUAGAAAAUCAAGGUGCAUGUGACAUCACGAAGAGACAGAAAGAGGAAUUUCCCAAGUGGUUCAAAGAACAUAUGAACCAUUUACGAGCUCAAGGAUUACCAGAAGCAACUGAUGAAUUGUGGUCAUUAGCAAAUGGUCCUAGUAGCAUAGUUAAUUUGUAUUCAGCUUGCAUUUCCAAUGGUGUUCGAUUUCAUAGUAAAGAUCGUGACAAUCGUCGUAAAAGCCAAAAUAGUGGGUUGGUUGUGAAAGGGGAGCAUGAGGGACAAACAAUUGACUUUAAUGGGUACUUGAACAGAGUGUGGGAGAUGCAUUAUAUACUUGGACAUCGAGUUGUUUUAUUCCAAUGCGAAUGGUUCAACACCGGUAGCAACAGAACAUUACACACUAAUGCACAUUUCACAAGUAUUGAUGUCAAAAGUCGAUGGUAUAAAGAUGAUCCAUUUGUCUUACCAAGUCAUGUGAAGCAAGUUUUCUACGUUGAUGAUACAAAGUUAGGUGGACAUUGGAAAGUCGUAGAAAGGCUACAACAUCGAGGAAUGUGGGAUGUACCAGAACAGGAUGACGUUGAACCUGAUAAUGUAUUCCAACAAAAUGAAACAACUGAUGUUGUCCCAAUUAGCAUUGCAGACCCCGUCACAAUCUUACUUCAUAGGAAUGACAUUGAUCCUCAGAUUAUCCCAAGUGAGGUGGUUUUAGAAUCCGUUAGUCGAUCACAUGACGAUGGUGUUGAUGAUGAAGAGACAUGCGAUAACGAAGAUAAUUACUAA